GACGAUUUCUCAUAAAUAUUUUUCCACUGGCUACCUCUACCUCGUGUUGCUGACCUGUAAAAGAGGGAAUCCUUGCAAUUAAGGUAAAAAUCUCUUCUAAAGACCGUUCUGAUAAAAUAAAUCCGCUGGAACAUGAUACCUUGUGAAGUCUUGUGACAAUAACGUGGGUGAAGCAACGAAUCUACGCGCAAGGAAAGAGUCAACUUGACGAUGGCAAAUUCAUCAUCAGAUGCCGAGAUGGGCGUCUCUGAAUCGGACUUCAAGCGGAAAAGACGUUGGGCAAUUGGUUUAGUAAUCAUCUAUGUCACGGUUGCGGUGGGAACGGGAAUCUUCCUUGCUUACUGGUUUACAAGACAUCGAUCAUGGGAAGACAACUACUCACCCGGAUAUCCCGACACCCUUGGCGGACCGUACAAGCAAGCAAGCGUGGCAUCAGACGCCGGCCCGUGCUCACACAUCGGGAAGAACAUUCUUCAGCAAAACGGUUCGGCCGUGGACUCCGCAAUCGCCACGAUGCUAUGUGUCGGAGUAAUCAAUUUACAUUCGACAGGGAUCGGAGGUGGUGGAUUUAUGCUCGUAUACAAUCGGAGUGGUCAAGUCGCUGAGGUGUUUGACUUCAGAGAAACUGCUCCAGCCGCUGCGACAAAGGACAUGUUCAAGAAUGCAAGUUACAAAGAAUUGAACAGUACGCUAGCCACAGGUGUCCCAGGUGAAGUGCGCGGUUAUCACGCAGCCUGGAGAGCGUAUGGACGGUUGCCAUGGAAACAGCUGGUGCAGCCAGCAAUCGACCAAGCAAAGUAUGGCUUCCUUAUAUAUCCUUCGCUUUACUUGACGAUUUUGAAAAAAGAACAUGACAUCAGGAAAGAUCCCGGGCUGAGAGAACUAUUCGUUGAUAAGAAAGGAAACCUGAGACAAUUAGGCGACAAUGUCACCAACCUACAAUACGCGAGAUCCCUCGAAGCGAUACGAGACAAUCCCGAUAGCUUUUACAACGGAUCUUUGGCUAACAAAAUCGUCCGAGACAUUAGAAAGCGAGGCGGGAUCAUCACUUUGCAAGACCUGAGAGAGUACAAAGUUAUCAGAAGAAAGGCAAUUAUUAACCAGUUGAAUGACAUGACUUGGUAUACAGCCCCCCCGCCCACCAGCGGUCCUGUCAUAACUCUCAUAUUGAACAUUCUGAAAGGUUAUAACAUGACUUCACAAUCGCGUAAUUCUUUGACGUUUCAUCGUAUUAUUGAGGCUUUCAAAUUUGGUUUUGCUUGGAGAUCACGCCUUGGGGACCCGGCCUUUAACGUCGGUAUGAAUGAGACAGUCUCCAAGAUGACAAAUCAGACGUUUGCCGAGUUAUUGCGUCAAAAGAUUUGGGACAACCAAACACACAGCAACGCUUCUUAUUACGGAAAAUUCCAGUUUGAAAGAGACCACGGUACUUCUCAUCUUUCUGUUUUGUCUCCGAACGGUGAUGCUGUGGCUCUUACUUCGACCAUAAACUACUAUUUUGGGUGCAAAUUUCGUUCCACAGUAACUGGGAUAGUCUACAACAACGAGAUGGGUGAUUUUUCUACACCAGGCCAGUUAAACCCAGAUGAGAUCAAACCGUCCAAGAGCAACUAUAUCAAGCCUAGAAAAAGACCUCAGUCCUCCAUUAGCCCUGUUAUUUUCACUGACGGAAGUGGCAGAGUAAAACUGGUGGCUGGCGCGUCUGGAGGACCGCACAUUACAACAGCGGUUUCUCUCACGGUUGUGAACCAGCUGUGGUUGUCACGUGGCAUUUCUAACGCUGUCAACGAUCCACGAGUCCAUCAUCAACUCUUUCCAAAUACGGUCAUUAUAGAGGAGCCCCCCUACACCAUUCCCAUACGGAUUCAAGAUGGUUUAAGAGCCCGCAAACAUAAUAUCACAAUAGAGAGUUACUUUGCAUCUGUGCAGGCGGUUGUUCGAGAAAAAGAUGAAGAAAUAUUUGGGAAAAGUGAUCCGAGAAAGUAUGGAUGGCCAGACGGCUUCUAAACUGAUAACAAACUCUGAUCUCUUCUCAGACAGUACACCAGUUUUACCAAAGAUUAAUUUUUGGCCGUUGGGGACAUUUCACGCUCUAUCAGACACUUACUCACAGAUGGAAGUUUUAAGAUCUACGAUAAUAAAACUAAUUUCUUGUAACUCAGAGGGAACCUUGCUCUUUCGUCUUUCAAUCUUUAUACCGCUUUUCUGGAAGGCACAACAGAGCUGAUUCUCAAAAUAACUACUCCCUAUUCUCAGGUCAACUGUCAAUGUUAAUGUCGCUUGCUAUUCCUUUGACGGGAUGCAUCCAACACACGCUUCUCGAAAUUCACUUCACUAGAAGUAUACAUCUAUCCAUAGGGAUUCGCGUAACGCUAUCGCCUUUCUGUUUACUGCAAUUUAUGGUAAAGAUGUCACAUAACAAAGUGUCACGGAAACCUUUGUCCUGGAGAAAAGGGAAGAGAUGAAAUUCAGGUUUCCGCCAAAGAUAGUGAUGUAAUGCGAACAUUUUCCAUACUUAUUCCUAUUGCUUUUUUGUCAUUAAAAUCAUAAAAUAAAAUUUGUAAAACUUGAAAGGAAGACUCGGAGGGCGUCUUAAAAAACUCAUUAAUCUGCUAGAGAUCUACUAUAAUCCUUUGCUUUAUCAGUUGAGGCAGGGCAAGAACAAGAAGUCAUGUUAAUAACGUUAACUGCUGACAACUCUUCACUACUGCCCUCUGCAUAAGAUAAAGUAUCUACAAACCUAGAAUGUAAUGCUGUCACAGAACACAAUUUUCUCACUCAAAAAUUGUAAGUCAUAAACAGUUUCGAUCCUCCUUUUCCUUUAUCGAAUGUUAUUGCUUUUGCUAUAAAAUUUGUUUGUGAGGAAAAAAAUCUCAGACACCACUCAGUAAGUGGGGGGAAGAGGGAGAUUAGUGGGGGAAGUGAGGGAAGAGGAGACCCAUUGUUAAAUUAAA